GCCGAAAUGUCCCACCGGAAGUUCGAGGCGCCCCGCCACGGCUCACUGGCAUUCUUGCCCCGCAAGCGGGCCGCCAGGCACCGGGGCAAAGUAAAGAGCUUCCCCAAGGAUGACCCGAAGAAGCCCGUCCACCUCACCGCUGCCAUGGGCUACAAGGCCGGCAUGUCCACAAUUGUGCGCGACCUGGACCGACCAGGUGCCAAGUUGCACAAGAAGGAAAUCGUUGAGGCCGUCACCGUUAUCGAGACUCCUCCGAUGAUUGCUAUCGGCGUGGUCGGCUACAUCGAGACUCCCCGCGGCCUGCGCUCGCUCACCACCGUCUGGGCUGAGCACUUGAGCGAUGAGAUCAAGCGCCGCUUCUACAAGAAUUGGUACAAGAGCAAGAAGAAGGCCUUCACCAAGUACGCCAAGAAGCACUCUGAGAACAACGGCCAGUCCGUCACCCGCGAGCUCGAGCGCAUCAAGAAGUACUGCCAAGUCGUCCGCAUCCUCGCCCACACUCAGAUCUCCAAGACCCCGCUCAAGCAGAAGAAGGCGCACCUGAUGGAGAUCCAGAUCAACGGCGGCAGCGUCGGCGACAAGGUCGACUACGCACAGAACCUGUUCGAGAAGCCGAUUGAGAUCAGCUCCAUCUUUGAGGCCAACGAGAUGAUCGAUGUCAUUGCUGUCACCAAGGGUCACGGUUUCAAUGGUGUCACUGCUCGUUGGGGUACCAAGAAGCUCCCCCGUAAGACGCACAAGGGUCUCCGAAAGGUCGCCUGUAUCGGUGCCUGGCAUCCGUCCCACGUCCAGUGGACUGUUGCCCGUGCUGGUCAGAUGGGCUACCACCACCGUACCUCGGUGAACCACAAGAUCUACCGCAUUGGCAAGGGCGAUGACGAGGGCAACGCUGCCACCGACUUCGACGUCUCCAAGAAGCAGAUCACUCCUCUUGGCGGCUUCGUGCGCUAUGGCGAGGUCAAGAACGACUUCGUUCUGCUGAAGGGCUCUUGCCCCGGUGUGAAGAAGCGAGUCAUGACACUCCGCAAGUCAAUGUUCACACAUACCAGCAGGAGGGCACUGGAGAAGGUCGAGCUCAAGUGGAUCGACACGUCGUCCAAGUUUGGUCACGGUGCGUACCAGACACCAGCGGAGAAGAAGCAGUACCUGGGUACCCUCAAGAAGGAUCUCCAGGCCGCGUAAGGUGG